UCCAGGACGACCGUCCUGAUUCCGUGUCGUGAGGCCAGGAAGGGCCGCCUGUAGGGAACACAGCGGCUACAACAAGACGAGGCAGAAUCGCGCGCAGCCAUGACUGAGGCGGUCGCUGCACCGGACUGGCAUAUGGGGACUGACCUCCAACAACAGGCCCAGAUUCAGUCUGCAGAGAUCUCCCUUUUAGCUAUCCUAACUGCUCUUCAGGCAGUGGAAAAGAAAACAGAGUCCCAGGCUGUCCACCUUCAAACCUUGGAAGUACGAACAGGGUCAGCGGAGAAGAAGCUGGCUGACUUUGAGAAGACAGCCGUGGAGCUCAGCAGCCAGCUGGAGGGCAAGUGGGCCGUGCUGGGGACCCUGCUGCAGGAGUAUGGGCUGCUGCAGCAGCGACUGGAGAACCUGGAGAAUCAGAUGCAAAACCGGAACCCCUGGGUCCUGAGGCUUCCCUCCAGCAGCAAGGAUGAAGCCCCCAAGGUUUCUGUGACUACUGAAGAAGUGGCAGGGUGUUUCCCUGAGCAACAGGAAGGCAGCCCGGAAGACUGGCAGAAGGAACUCUGCAAGCGAGUAGCAAACGAAAGGCGUGAGGUGCUGGGCUCUCUAGAACCAGGCCAGCUGGAAUCUGCCCCGAGUGUUCUUCCCUGGAUCAAGCAAGAGGAAGAGGUGUGUGAGAAGAGCCUGCAGGGGACGGCCAGUGCAUCCCUGUGCUCAGAAAUGUGGCUGGCUAACAAGAAAAGGACCCUGGAGGGGAUGUCCAUGGCACCAGAGCCAUCCUGGGCAACUGAAGGGGGACCUGGCAAGGAGGAUUUCGAGCAGGGAACCUGUGGCGAUCUGCUCCCUGUUUGCAGAGAUAGAGAGGCAGCUCCCCUCCCUCGAGGCACUCAGAGUCAGCCUGUGCCAGCCGCUGAGGGCACUGAGGAUGGCCAGAACUUCAGUGUCCGAGAGCUCAACACACAGCCCGAGUACUCGCACCAUGGAUCUCAGCCGUUUGCCAGUCUCCAGUGUCCCCAGAGCGCUACACAGCAGGUCACUCUCACCAGGAAUCGCCGUGCACCCACAGCCCAGCGUGCCUACACCUGUGUCCAGUGUGGCAAGAGCUUUGUCCACCAGUCAACACUUACCACACACUACCGCACACACACCGGGGAAAAGCCUUACAAAUGUGCUGAGUGUGAGAAGCGGUUUGGCCGCCUGUCCACGCUGCUGGAGCAUCAGCGUACCCACACUGGAGAGCGGCCCUUCCCCUGUGCACAGUGUGGCCGUCGCUUUGGGCGCCUGUCUACUCUGGUGGAACAUAGGCGCACACACACGGGUGAGAAGCCAUUUCCAUGUACCCAGUGUGACAAACGUUUCACACGCCUGGCCAACCUGACAGUGCACCAGAGUGUGCACUCUGGCGAGCAUGCCUUCCAGUGCACCCAGUGUGGCUCAUGCUUCACGCACAAGCCCAGUUUCCUGCGACAUCUGCGCAGCCACUCUCAGGAGAAGCGCUUUAGCUGUGGCCAGUGUGGCAAGAGCUUCACCUGUCGCUCCUGGCUGGUACGCCAUCAGAGCAGUCAUGCACACUUGGCGUCCUCUGCUUAUGUGGCCUGUGAGAGGAGCUCACCAAGUCAUGUGUCACCUACGGGUCUGUUUAAAGGCGCAGCCAGGGGAAAGUUCUCCAGUGACCCUCCUGUCUCACCUAUAUCCAAGGACACCAUGGUCAGUCAGGACCACAGGGCAUAUGGCGGAAGUCAGCAGCUCAGCGACCAUGGUCAGGAAAGUCUCGUGGGGUCUCUGCACAGUUGUCUGUCUGUAAAGAUGGAGAAUGCAGGGUAGCACCUAGGGAGCUCCGUAACGAGGCCACUAGGACACGGGGCUCCUGGGUCCCCUCGAAUCCAAGCUGUUGCUCCUUGAGUCCAAGCCAUCUGCUAGGUUUCCCAAGGCUAGGUUCUCCCAUGGACUGCCAGUGCUAAGUGCCCCCGGGAUUCCUGCUGCAGGGAAGUUUCAUGCACACAGAAAAGGUUGCAGAAACAAGCAGCUCAACUGUCCCCUGAGAUCUUGGUGACUCCCAUCACCGUCUUGGCACUGUAGGCAGCAACAAAAGGCCGAUUAGGAAGGUUGCAAUUUUGAAGUUGUUAAGCUUCUGGCUGAGCAGCUCAGAACUCAAACUAGUUUCCAAUAUUUCCCGAGGGCCGAGCUGGGGAUGUGACUCAAUAGAGUGUUCAUCGAGCAUGCGUGGAUGGAGCCAUGGUUAGAUCCCCAGCAUUAGACUAAACCGGCCAUGGUGAUAUGUGUCUGUAGUCCUUGUAUCUGUGUAGAGGCAGGAGGUACAGAAGUUCAAGUUCAUGUUUGGCUACACGAGCCCCUGUUUCAAGGAUCCAAAAACUUAGGAGUUCAAAGUCAGAGUUGUCAGAUCAUCUCUCUCACCAGUGGCCACAUACUUAUAUAACAGCUUGUGUGUUUCCAAGGACUCCCGCUGGAGGGGCUGGGACUGUUAGUGUCAUUGUUCCCACUUUGGAGGAAUGUGGGAAAACAGGCCUGUGCUGUUUGCACCAGGGGCUGGGGUUACUGAAGGUCUGAUUUCCCUCACUCUGUUGUUGUUUUAAGACAGGGUUUCUCUGUGUAGUGUUGGCUGUCUUGGAACUUGCUCUGUAGACCUUAAAUUCACUGACACCACCUGCCUCUGCCUCCUGAGUGUUGGGAUUAACAAUGUGUGCCACUGCCACCUGGCUCCAUACUCACUUUAAAAACCUGUGAAAAUAAAGGU